AUGGAUGAACUUCGACAAGCUCAAGCAGAAAAAGUUCAAGAGGCGCUAGAUAUGGGCGAGAUUGAAACUGGUAAGGGCUUGAAUCAUGAACUUGAUCUUGCUAGAGCUACUAAUACCCAUUGGAGUUCACACUAUAAAUCAUUUAAGAACUUUAUUAGUAUGUUCAGUUCUAUUACUGAUUUCCUUGAUACUAUUGUUGUUGAUUCUGAAUCUGUUGAAGAAAAAGCUAGGGCAACAGGAUAUCUCAGAACUUGUCAAACGUUUGAGGUUGCUUUCAUAUUGCACGUAAUGAGAGAUAUUUUAGCAAUCACAAAUGAGUUUAAUGAAUCCUUACAGAAGAAAAAAAAUAAGAUAUUGCAAAUGUUGUUCUACUUGUUAAAGUGGUAUGAUAUUUUGAUACCCAAUUUUGAUGAGUUCUAUGUUCAUUUUGGAAGAUCUCGACGAAGAUUUGCUAAUUAUAGUAUUUCACACCACUAUCGUGUGGAAGUAUUUUUUAAAAUUAUUGAUUGCCAACUUCAAGAACUCAAUGAUCGUUUUAAUGAGGUGAGAACAAAUUUUCUUAUUGGGGUUGCUUGCUUGAAUCCUGUUGACUCAUUUGCUAGUUUGGACAUAAAUAAAAUGUUGAGAAUGGCUGAAUUAUAUCCUGAUAAUUUUGAUGAAAAUAUAAUGGUUACUCUCAAGAAUCAGCUACAAACUUAUAUUAUUGAUGUUCGUGAUGUUGAUGAAAGUUUGCAUUGCUUCUGCCAGUUGCCACUGCUACAGUUGAAAGAGCCUUCUCGGCAAUGA